AUGGCGGACGAACGCACAAAGCAACAGCUUCUCAAUCGGCGUACAACACUUGUCGCGUCAUUAGAGCGAACAGCGCGGUUUGUCGAGAAUUAUUCAGCGGAACGGGAUGCAGGCCAAGUGCAACUGCGUCUGGAAAAUCUGAACACCGUGUGGACGGGACUGGAGAAUGUACAGAUCCAGCUUGAGGAUUUAGAGGAUACAUCUGAAGGCAUGACCAAUAACCUCCAAUUCCGCUCCGACAAUGAAACCCGUUUUUUCCAAGUAAAGGCUACACUGCAAUCUUACCUUCCUGUGGUCUCUUCUACUAGCGCAUCCUCCCAAUCAACAUAUUCCGGGCUGUCAGCCAUUAAGUUACCAACUAUUUCCUUGCCGGAGUUCGACGGAGAUUACAACCAGUGGCUUACCUUCCACGACACCUUCUCUGCUUUGAUACAUGACAAUGCAGAAGUACCCGCAAUCCAAAAAUUCCAUUACCUUCGAGCAGCCUUGAAGGGAGAGGCAGCUCAGCUGAUCGAAUCCAUAGGGAUCAGCUCCGCCAAUUACUCUAUUGCUUGGCAAACGCUCAUAUCGCGCUACGCCAAUGAUUAUUUGCUUAAAAAGCGUCACCUUCAAGCACUACUGGACUGCCCCCGAAUGAAUACCGAAUCCGCUACUGCGUUGCACACUAUCGUUGAUGAUUAUGAGCGCCAUACUAAGACUCUUCGCCAACUUGGAGAACCAAUUGAUGCAUGGAGCACCAUGUUGGAGCACUUACUUUGCCAACGGCUCGACGAUGGUACCCUCAAAGCUUGGGAAACUUUCGCCACGACGACUGAGAACCCAGAUUUCAAUUGUUUAAUCGGUUUCUUGCAGAAGCGCAUUCGAGUGUUAGAGUCAAUGUCCGUUAACCAUCAAUCUCACCCAGUCUCUAAUCAUCCGCCGCCAGUAUUUCGCCGCUCACCGUUCAAUCGAACUUCCACUUACGCCGUUGCUGAAAUGAACCAGUACAAAUGUCAUGCGUGCGAUGAGCAUCAUUUUUUAUUCCAGUGCCCCCAGUUUGGAGCAAUGUCCCUAAGCGAGCGUAUGAAUCUUGUAAAUGAGCAGCGCCUGUGCCACAAUUGCUUUAACCAAAAUCACAUUGUUCGCAACUGCCAAUCGAAAUUCUCUUGUCGUCAUUGUAAGAGAAGGCAUCAUUCGAUGUUGCAUCCUGGCUAUCAUCCAAAUUCCCACGAGCAGAUUCCUACAACUUCGCACGCAAUGGCUACCCCUCCCGCACAGGAAGAUGUGGGCUCUAUUGUGCAUACAGCCACGGCUUCUCAUACCACUACCAAUCCUUUUUGCGCUCUUGCUCCACAAUCCAAUGCAAAUGUGUUACUCUCUACAGUUGUAGUAUUAAUCGUCGAUUCUAGCGGCGAAGUGCACCCUGCUCGAGCGUUACUAGAUAACGGAUCACAAACGAAUAUUAUAAGCGAGAGAUUAUGCCAAAUUCUCCGUUUAAAGCGCAAAAAGAUUAAUAUUCCUGUUUUCGGCGUGGGCCAGGCUUCAUUCAACGUUCGUCAUUCAGUCAUAGCUAAUAUUAAAUCCCGGAUGAACAACUUUGAAACCGAUUUAGAAUUUCUCGUCAUGCCGCAUAUCACGAUCGACCUACCUGCGACAGUUGCACACAGGAAUAAAUGGAAUCCGCCCCGGAAUUGUUUCCUAGCCGAUCCCACCUUUGACAAAACGGGAGCCAUCGAUAUGCUACUCGGAGCAGAGCACUUUUUCAACUUUGUCAACUCCGGAAAUAAAAUCGAAAGUGCUGGAAAUCCCACCUUAAUCGAAAGUGUUUUUGGUUGGAUAGUUACUGGCCGAAAUCAAUCACAACUCGUCUCAUAUCCAGCGAUUUGUCAUCUGGCAGUAAAAGAUACCCUCAGUGAAGCGUUGGAAAAAUUUUGGCUAAUAGAGGAAAUUGAAAGCAAAAAGUACUGCUCUGCCGAAGAGCAGGAAUGUGAGGACCACUAUUCAGCAAAUGUCACGCGCACAACCGAAGGCAGAUACGUUGUGCGUUUGCCCCGUCAAUCCAAUUUUGACCACAUGUUAGGCGAAUCUAAAGCAGCAGCAUUACGUCGCUUCCACUAUCUUGAGAAAAAACUGGAGAGAGAGCCGGAACUGAAAAACCAAUACCAUUCAUUCAUGUCAGAAUAUUUGUCGCUCGGGCACAUGAGACCUGUCUCUUCUGAGGAAAGUGAGCCAAACCACGUACAUUAUUUGCCGCACCAUGCCGUUCUGAAAGAUUCUAGCACGACGACAAAGCUGCGUGUGGUAUUCGAUGGAUCCGCUAAAACAUCCACGGGAUACUCCAUAAAUGAUGCCUUACAAACCGGUCCGAUUGUUCAGGACGAAUUGCUUACAUUGAUUCUUCGUUUUCGCAAGUAUGCCAUUGCCUUGGUCGCAGAUAUAGAGAAAAUGUAUCGACAGGUUCUUGUUCACUCGGAAGAUACGUCUCUACAAAGGAUUUUAUGGCGAUUCCGCCACGAUGAACCACUUCGCGCCUACGAAUUAUUAACUGUAACAUACGGUCUAACCCCCUCGUCCUUUCUUGCUACGCGCACCUUAGAACAACUGGCUUCAGAUGAAGGAAAAAACUUUCCGCUGGGAGGUCCGGCUCUGCGCAAGAAUUUUUAUGUGGAUGAUUAUAUUGGAGGAGCAGAAACUGUUGAAGAUGCAAUUCAAACCCGUUUGGAAUUGGAUCAGCUGUUGACCAAAGGAGGUUUUCAACUAAGAAAGUGGACUUCAAAUAACCCGAAGGUAUUAGAAAGCAUUGACCCGUCGCACAUUGGAACCAUGCCUACUCUGCAAUUUGACGUCGGCCAAACUACUAAGGCAUUAGGAGUCAGUUGGGAGCCAAGCACCGAUAAACUGCUUUUCCACUCCACUUUAACGCAUAGAGAUCAUCCAUUAACUAAAAGGGCCAUUCUCUCAUCUGUAUCGAAACAUUUCGACCCACUGGGGCUAACUGCUCCCGUAGUUAUCCGUGCCAAAAUGCUGUUGCAGGAACUUUGGUUGCAGCCAUGUGGAUGGGAUGACGAAGUCUCUGAUAAUAUACAACGAAAAUGGAAUUAUUACCAUGCUGAUCUUUGCAAAAUUUCUGCCUUUAAAGUUGACCGCUGCGUUUUUUUGCCUAACUCCACUAUCCAGUUUCACACGUUUUCGGACGCUUCUCAACAAGCCUAUGGUGCUUGUGUUUACGCUAGAUCCAUUGACUCUGCAGGCCAUGUUUACGUUCAGUUAGUAGCUGCGAAAUCUAGAGUGGCACCACUAAAACGACUAAGCAUUCCACGAUUAGAGCUGUCCUCCGCUGUUCUCGCUUCCAAAUUGCACAAAAGGGUUAUCAAUGCUCUUGAAAUGUCGAACGUCGAAUCUUAUUUUUGGUCUGAUUCCACGGUUACGCUCGAAUGGUUGAGAUCGCCACCGUAUGUCUGGAAUACCUUCGUCGCCAACCGGGUAUCAGAAAUACAAACAAACACCGAAAAAUGCCAGUGGAAACACGUAGCGGGAAAGCAGAACCCAGCUGAUUUAAUCACGAGAGGGAUGGGCGUUGAUGAUUUUCUGACCAGCGAGUUGUGGCACUAUGGACCAAUCUGGUUGAAGUCACCUGAAGCAGCGUGGCCAAUAUCAAAACUAAUGCAAAUUAGCACUGAAGAUGUUCCAGAGCGACGGAAAAUGGUGGCGGCAGUCCAACAAAUAUCACGGGUAAAUGUAAUGUUUGAAAUAUCAUCCUCUUAUCAUCGUUUGCUUCGGGUGACAGCAUAUUGCCUUCGCUUCAUUCAAGCUUGUCGUACGCGGGUGACGUCAAGGCAAGCCGAAGCAAUAAAACAUCUUACUGUCGAUGAAAUAUCAAUGGCGCUUACCAAAUUAGUCCAACUAGCCCAAACUGAUGGAUUUGCAGAAGAAUUGAAGGAGUUGGAAAAGGGAACCCCCGUUUCGAGGCGCUCUCCCUUGUGCCUCCUCAGCCCAUUCAUUGAUUCCAAUCGCGUCAUCCGAGUCGGUGGCCGUUUGAGACUUUCUGAGCAACCUUACCUAAUUAAACAUCCAAUCCUACUUCCCAGUGCCCACCCCUUCACACGACUAAUUAUCCGUCAUUUUCACGAGAAACUUCUUCAUGGUGGCGGCCGAGCAACUCUCUCUGCUUUGCGACAAGAAUAUUGGCCUAUUCAAGGAUACCGAACUGUGAAAAGCGUAAUUAGAAAAUGCUUCCGAUGCACUCGGGCCGAUUCCGUUCCCGCUAAGCAAAAAACCGGACAGUUACCUUUGCAGCGGAUUACUCCCACUCGUCCGUUUACCGUUACUGGAGUGGAUUAUGCAGGUCCAAUAUAUUUGAAGCCGAUACACAAACGCGCAGGAGCAUCAAAGGCUUACAUCAGUAUUUUUAUAUGUUUCGUAACGAAAGCCGUACACAUCGAGCUUGUGAGUGAUUUAUCCACUGCUGCCUUUCUCGCGGCAUUACGACGAUUUAUCGCUCGCCGCGGCUGCCCUACACACAUGCACUCGGAUAACGGUAAGAAUUUUGAAGGUGCCCGCAACGAACUUUACGCCCUGUAUCAACAUCUGCACGAUGAAGAUUUUAUGCAGCAAGUCAGCGAAAUUUGUGCAAACAAGCGGAUCCAUUGGCACAUGAACCCGCCAAAAGCUCCGCAUUUCGGCGGGUUGUGGGAAGCUGCCGUGAAGAUCGCGAAACGGCACCUACACCGGCAACUUGGAAACGCUAUGCUAUCCUUUGAAGAUAUGACAACGGUGCUAACAGAAAUUGAAGCAGCAAUGAACUCCAGACCGCUAACACCUCUUACAGAAGACCCUAAUGAUUUGUCUGUUCUAACGCCAGCGCAUUUUCUAACUGGAGAAUCACUGUCCGUUCUUCCCGUUCCUGACUACAGCACUUAUCCGAUCAAUCGCUUGAAUCAUUACCAACGUCUUCAACAACGAGUCCAGCAAUUUUGGCAUCAGUGGAAAACUGAAUACCUUCAGGAGUUGCAGAAGGAAAAUCGGCACAUUGCACCAAGCACCGCAUUUCAACCGGGAAGAAUGGUGGUCAUCGUUGAUGAAUUUAUCGCUCCAGUGAAAUGGCCGCUAGCUAGAAUAGUUACCACGUAUCCAGGUGUGGAUGGUCUUACGCGGGUCGUCGAUCUUCGCACUAGCAAAGGGAUGAUACGCAGACCAAUUACCAAAAUUUGCUUAUUGCCAUACGAAGAAGAAAAUGAACAGCAACUUUAA